AUGCGCCUCAUUGCGCUUCUGAGCGGCGGCAAGGACUCGCUCUAUGCAGCGAUCUACGCUCAGUACGUACUCGGUCAUGAAAUCGUCGCUGCAGUCAACCUGUACCCAACUGGUCCUGAGCGACCUCCUGAGGCGGUUGCAGGUACAGACCUUGUCGCGUGGACAGACGAAGUCGACUCGGCCAUGUUCCAGAGCGUCGGUGCGCACGUCGUGGGAGCAGCGUACGCAGACUGUUUGCCGUCCAGUAUCCGGUGGUAUCGCGCAGCUUUCGAGGCGCUCGAAUUUCACACCGACCAUGGCCUGCGUUAUCGUCUGGCGCCACAUGCUUCUGCUUUAGAGACACCUGCAGACGAAGUUGCGACGCUGCAUCGAGUCGUGGGCGCGCUUCUGGACAACUUUGAAGUACAGGGCCUGGCGCGACCCGAAGGCCUCCUCUCGGGGGCGAUUCUCUCCGACUACCAACGCCUGCGCAUAGAGCACGUGGCUAGUCAGCAUCAGCUGGUGUCGGUGGCUCCGUUGUGGCGUCGUGACGCCCGCGAACUCUUCGAUUCUAUCUGUGCACUGGGUAUCGAGGCCAUCAUUGUCAAAGUGGCGUCCCUGGGUCUCGACAUGGCUCAUCUAGGGAAAUCCCUGUACCAAGUACGCGAGCACCUGAUGCAACUUGAGACGCGGUACGGGGUGCACUGCCUGGGUGAAGGCGGCGAAUACGAGACGCUGGUGCUUGACAGCCCCUGGUUCCGUCAGCGUCUUGUCAUUGAUGCCUCCAGUCCGGUAGAUCAUGGUUCUGGAAGCGCCUACCUUCGCAUCGAGCGCUUCCACUGCGAAGAAAAACCAGCCGCGAUGCGCGCUGACCAGCAGGCUCAGUUUUCAGACUGGAUGCAACGGGAACGAGCGCGGCCUCUCUGGGUAUUUCCUCUUCCAUUGAACGGAAUAUCUUUCCGAAAGUCGAUACCCACCGUGCUUGCACCGGCUGGAGACGCGAACGCUUCCGCCGCCGAGCGUACUCCUCGCUCGCCGAUGUUUCAGGUGCGCUAUCGAGAGAGGCUCUGGCAUCUUUCAGAUGAUCAUAGGUUUUAUGUCGCGGUUUGUUGGGUGGAGUCUUCCGCCGAUGUCGCGACGCAUCCGACUGAUCCCCGGUGUGCUGUACUUGCACCUCCUGGCGAGGCUGCGCGCCAAACUGAGCUGCUCCUGCUGCACCUGCGCCAGCGCUGGCCCGAUGCAGCUUGUCGACCGUUCCAGUGCCUCCUUUUCCUUGCGAAUAUGCAGGACUUUGCCGCAGUGAAUGCAGUCUACGCUCAUUAUUUUGCUGCAGAGGAUGCACCUCCGGUUCGGUGCUGUGUGCAGGUCGCGUCGUUACCGCACCCGACCAGCCUCGUGCAGCUGGAGGUUUUUGCCGAGUCCGUGGACUUGCAUGGCAAAGGCAUUCACGUCCAGAGUCUGUCGCUGUGGGCCCCGGCGUGUAUUGGACCGUACAGUCAGGCUCGCAUCCAGCAUCAGGGGACGACCCUGUACUUGUCAGGCAUGCUGGCGCUUUUCCCUGGUACAGGCGAGAUUCCCGAAGGCCUCUCGCUGCCUGCUCAGAUAGAAGCCUGUCUAUGGAAUGCAAAUCGCGUCGUAGAAGCACUCGAUGAUCGCGGCAUGAAGAGGCCCUGGCAGUGUCGUCUCUGUAUCGCGUGGUACAAGGCAGGCUCGCGCGACAGCGCUGAGACGCACGGCCGCCUCAUCCACGAGAUGCUGCACAAGCGUCUGCCACGAGCGCAGCGCUUUGUUCUUGGGGUUCCGCAGCUGCCCCGGAACGCGCUCGUUGAACUGCAGUUCGUUUACGAACGGCGUGAAGCGGAAUUCCAUGGGACGCACUGCCCUGUAAUACCCCAGAUUGCGCACGACUUCCUGAGCUGGGACACGGAAGACUUCGAGGGCGCUCCCCAGAAGCUGGAUGCUUCACCAGGGUCAUCGUUUCAUGUUUGCAUCCCCGUGCUGAUUCCGCAUUCAGUGUACGGCAGUGCCUGUACCCGACUCCGUUGCUACCUGCCACCGGGAAAGGCUCCCGAUAAACCCAGUGCUCUCUGA